UUCCACCAAUCUCUCUCAAACAAACACCAAAAGUCUCCACACUCACACCACUUUUCUCCAACUCAUAACAAAUCACAAACACAGUCCAAAUCAAAUUCCAUAACUCAUUUUCAUUUCUCAAAUCUUCUUCAUCCCAAAAACUCACAAUUACCAUUCCCAUUCCACCAUUGUUUUUUUCUUCUAUUAUUAUGACCAAGUGUUUCAGUUUAACAGAAACCAGAAACCGGUGCCACCGUUCAACUUUCACUAGCUCUGGCCUUUGUUCCACAACAACUGAUCUAAGAGAUGGCACAAUAAUGCAUUGCUGGAUACCCAAAACCCGAACCGAAUCAAAGCCGAAUCUCCUCCUAAUCCACGGUCUCGGCGCAACUGCUUUAUGGCAAUGGAGUAUCUUCAUCCGCAAGCUAACGAAGUUCUUCAACGUAUAUGUUCCGGACCUUGUUUUCUUCGGAGGAUCCUACACGACUCGACCGGAGAGAACCGAGGCGUUUCAAGCUGAAUGUGUGAUGAAGGUAAUGGAAAUGAAGAGUGUUAAGAAAGUGAGUGUUGUUGGGUUGAGUUAUGGUGGGUUUGUGGCGUAUAGUAUGGGUGUGAAGUAUGUGGAGUUUGUGGAGAGAGUUGUGAUAUGUGGGUCUGGGGUUUGUUUGGAAGAGAGAGAUUUGAAAGAAGGGGUUUUUCCUGUAUGUGAUUUGGAUGAAGCUGCUGAUGUUUUGGUGCCGCAAACGCCGGAAAAGCUUAGGGAGCUUUUUGGAUAUGCUUUUUUUAAAUCUCCUUGUUUAGCUUGGUUGCCAUCUUGUUUUCUACUUGAUUUCAUUCAUGUAAUGUGCAGGGAUUAUGUAAAAGAAAAAAGAGAAUUGAUCAAAGCCAUUGCAAAGGACAGAAAUCUUUCUGACCUCCCUAAGAUAUCUCAGCCUACAUUAAUUAUUUGGGGAGAACAUGAUCAAGUAUUUCCUUUAGAACUUGGUCACAGAUUGAAAAGGCAUUUAGGGGACAGUGCUGAAAUAAAGAUCAUCAAGAAUGCAGGGCAUGCAUUUUGUAUGGAAAAGUCUAACGAAUUCUUCACUAUCUUGAAGUCUUUUUUAGUGGAUUCAAAGUUGCAAAAUAUCCAUCAUGUGUGAGUUCAAAUGCUAAAAGAGAAAGUAAAACUACUAUGCGGACGACGAAAUAGUAUGAGUUUUUUUCCUGCUACAAGAGAAGUUAUUAAAAAAGAUCUCGAAAUUUACAAUUUGGACAAAAACAUGGUCCUAGAUGGAAUAUUAUGACGAAAAUUGGUUCAUGUAUCUGACUCAACUUAGUGGAAAAAUGCUUGGCUGUUGUUGUUUUAGGGAAUUUAGGUCCAUGAUAUUAUUGAAACUUGAAACACAUUCCUUUUAGUAGAUACUCAUUCAAACAUUUCAAUGCAAGAAAGUUUAAUGACAUGUUCAAUCAA